UACGAUUUUCUUGCCAGUCAACGCGAGAAUGUCGAGCUGGACGAUACGGUUGGUGUGCGCGCUCCUGGCGAUCCUGGCCAGCGCCGUCCUGGCAGUGGACCUUGACGGCCUCGACCCGUCGCUGCUGAAGAACGUGGACGUGGACAAGCUGAAGGAGAGCUAUCUGCCGGAGGGGUUGCGCAACGCCAGCAUCACGCUGCAGGAUUUGCAGGAGCUGUUGCGCUCCAAGUGCGAAAAGGCCAAUCCCGGCAAGGAGGUGGACGCCUCGGUGCUGAGCGGCAACAUUGAGACGGCGGCCACCAAGCUGGGCGAGUGCCUGGCCGGACUGGCCAACUUCACGGCCAUCCAGCAGGAGAUCGAGGAGGCCAGUCCCAAGGGCGACCUGGACAUCGUGUUCGAGAAGUACUGCAAGCGCAUGCCCCAGGCCAAGGCCUGCAUCAACGACUUCAACGAGGCCCUCAUCCCCUGUCUGACCCGCGAGGAGAAGAGCCACAACGCCAUGAUGCGUCGCAUCACCGACAAGCUCCUCGACUUUGUCUGCUUCAAGGACGGCGACCAGAUCGCCCUCUUCAUCGCCGAGCAGGGACCCGAGUGCCUGCACCAGAGCCGCGACGGGAUCGGCAGAUGCCUCAACUCCACCUUCGGCGGAUAUCUGCCCAAGGAGCUCAGCCAGAACUGGACCUCCGGCUCCGAUCUGCCCAACUUUGUGCUGGGCCCUAGCCAGUGCCUGGACCUAUACGAGUUUGAGACCUGCACCGUGAAGCUGCUGGAACGCUGCGAGAACAUCACCCCCAGCAACCUGGUGGAGUCCCUGUUCCGGUAUGUGAGGCGCGAGUCCUCCUGCCAGUCCUCCAUCGAUAAGGCGCGUCGCAGCCGGGCUCUGCCCCGCGAGGCCGAGACUCAGCAGCCGGGCAAGGGCAGUGCCGGAACUCUCACCUUUGGCCUGGGAAGCCUCCUGACUUCCCUCCUCCUGGCCAGGCUUCUCUAAUUGCAUCGCCGAUGGCUUCCGUUUCUAUAAUAUUUUUUUUUUUUUACACUUUUUUUUUUAAUAAUUAUGUUUAAUAAACUUUGCAAAGUCGGAAGCGGUCUGUCCGGCGGCUGGCCGGCGUAAGCAGCUUAA